CGGCAAACGGUUAAACAAAAUCAAAUACAAGCACAAAUCUUUAUUGUUGUAAACAAAACAAACACACAAAGAGAGCGGAAGAGAGGCAAAUACCUUUCGCAAGCCUUUUCGAUGUAAACUUCUAGAAUCUUGUCUGAGUGUAAACAGAACUGUGAUAACGGAAUUAGCACAAAAGAGACAUACAGCUAGGCAUAACAUAAACGUAACUGUGAUAAAUACAUAUACACACACAUAUAUAUAUACAUAUAUAUUUAUAUACUUGUAAUAAAAGUGAGUGAGACGGCAUUGGCUAACAUGCAAUCGCAGCUGCGGCAACAACAGCCAGAGUCUCCCAUAUCAGAGGAUCAGUUCGGCGACCCAAUGUUUAGUAGUAACUUCGUUAGAAGAGAUUUUAAUGAUAGCGGAGUUGCAGGAUGUGCCGAUGGCAAGCUCCGUACCAUCUCGACUUCGUCUUGCGCCACGAACAUGUCGACUGAGUCCUACCGCAUCUCUCUCGGCGUAGGGCCUCUGUGGUGGUCCGAUGUCCCUGUCCACCACAGAACAGAUCACGAUAGGGCAUCGCUCUUAACGGGCUACAGCCGGAAGUCUUCGGUUGACUCGGCUGGCGGCAGCUUGUUCGAGGCCAGCUCUCGGGCAUCGUCACCUUCGUCGUCUUCGUCGUCAGAAUGCUCUGACACGGAGUCGCAUGACAUUCAUUCGUUAUGCUCGGAGGAUGACUGCCAGGAGGUGUUGCGCCAAAUCUUGCAGCAUGACCAGCCAGUGCAUAUUUCCAUCAAAUUGCACGUCACUGAAGACCAGUCUACCAAUUGGAUGUCGAUUUUGAACCCGAACAACAACAUUUUAUACGUCGCUUUCCCCACUGAUUUUGCCCCAGCCGGCUCCAAGGAGACCUUCACAUCCCUCUUGGAGUUUGCCGAGGAUAAGUUAGAGGUAGACGGCAUUGUCAUGGUAAUGCGCAAGGAUCAGCCGGAUUGUCAUCGUUUAAUUGAGGCAUUCCUAUUCAUGGGAUUUGAACCGCUAUCGAGAAAAUCACCAAAGGCACCGCCAGCCGCAAUCAACGAUAAUGAGAACUACUAUUUCCUUUACACCAUCGAGGAGUAGGAAAUUGAAAACGUUGGCAACAGUUUAGGGUCAAACGAUUUGUAGAAUCAAAUAACCGAUUAAGUACUUAUAUUCAAAUUUAUCUACCACAAUUAUCAAUAUCUGUAGUUUUUGCCGUUUAUUAUAAUAACAAUCAGAAUAGUAUUUCCGCAUUAUCAUCGACACAUUGACCCCAAAAAGUGUUCAAUGAAAAUUCAAAUUUCAAAUUCUAAACUAAUCGGUUUAAACUUUGUCAACGCCAACAUUUUUCCAUAUUGUAGUUUUUCUAUUAAGACCCAAUUGAAAUAACAACAUUGCGUUAGCCACGUUAAGAGCAAGCUUUCAACUUGUCGUAAAUUACAACACACAAUAUAAUCCAAUUAAACAAAAACAAAAAAAAAAGUAAAAAAUGUAAAAAAAAAAAACACUAAAACUACGAAAAAGUAAAAAAAAAUUGUAUUAAUCUUAAGUUUCUUUUGUGAAAUAUUGCAUUAUAUAUUUAUGUUUUUAUUUUCAUUGUUUUCUACAUAUUAUCUUCGAUUUUGUUUUCUAAAACCAAUUUUGUUCAACUUUAAAUUAUAUAUUUCUCUUUAUAACCAACACUUUUCGUAAAUCCCACAUAUAUAUAUUCUGUGUAAGCAAAUAUUUUAUAUAUAUAUAUUCAACUUUUUUGUAUACUUAUGUACGAUGAAUAUGAAGCAAAGAAGCAUUCGAAAGCAAAACACAUACAUACAUAUUUAUAUAAUAAACUAACUACGUUUAGCAAGCAACACACUUAAA